UUGUGCUCGCUGCAGCCACCGGUGGGGGUUAGCACCGAAAGCGAUUAUGCGGCUGUUGGGCCUGCUGCUGUGUUCGGCGGCGCUGCUGGCUGCGGCGGUGCCCGGCUGCCGGGCUGCGCGCAUCCUGGGCCUGUUCCACUUCCAGGGCCGCAGCCACUGGGCCAUGGUGGAGCCGCUGCUGCAGCAGCUCGCCGCCAGGGGGCACAACCUCACCGUCGUGUCGCACUUCCCGCAGAAGAGCCCGCCGCCCAACUACCGCGACGUCAGCAUCCGCGGCUCGGUGCCGACCAUCGUCAACAACCUCACCGUCGACUUCGUGCGCAGCCUCAAUGUGGUGUUCUUCAUGUGGCAGAACACCUACGACUACUGCGAGAACAUCUUCGAACAUCCCGGACUGACUGAAAUCUUGACGACGAACGAGAAGUACGAUCUCAUAAUGACGCAGGUGUUCGGGGCUGACUGCUUCGCCGGCUUCCUGCACCGCUUCCGGGGCACGCCCGUGGUGAGCCUGACGACGAGCGUGAUGCUGCCCUGGAGCAACACUCGCAUGGCCAACCCGGACCACCCGGCCUACAUCCCCAACUACUACCUGCCGUACGGCCCGCGAAUGAGCUUCACCGAGCGGCUCGUCAACACAAUCGCCACGGUCGCCACCAACGUCGGCUUCGACUACUACUCCGCCAGCCUGGUGGACCGCCUCAACAGGCGAUAUUUCGGCAAGGGGAUUCCCAGGACGGCGGACUUGGUGACAAACACGAAUCUGAUGCUGGUGAACAGUCACUUCAGCAUCAACCACCCGCGGCCCUUCGUCCCCAACGUAGUGGAAGUCGGCGGAAUGCACAUCCCCAGCAAGCCUAAGAAACUGCCAGAUGAUAUGAAGCGGUUCCUGGACGGGGCCCCGGAAGACGUGGGCGCCGUGCUGUUUACGUUCGGCUCGCUGGUGCGGACGGAGACGAUGCCGCUGCAGAAGCUGGUGGCCUUCGUAGCCGCGUUCAGGCAGCUGGCCCCGCAGCGCUUCAUAUGGAAGGUGGACGCGACUGCCCUCGCCGAACUGGGACUCACCGUCUCCGACAACGUUUACACGGCCAACUGGGUGCCGCAGUUCGACGUGCUCAGCCACCCCAAGAUGCGGGCGUUCAUCUCCCACGGCGGCCUCAUGGGGACGCUGGAGGCGGUGCACUGCGGAGUGCCGGUGCUGGGGAUCCCGCUGUUCGCCGACCAGAAGCUCAACGUGCCCAACAUGGUGCGCCACGGCGUCGCCAUGCAGUUCGAGCUGGACUACGUCAACACCGACCUGCUCGUCUACGCGCUGCGCAGGAUCACCGCGCCGGGGUCAAAGUACCGGCUGCGCGCCAAAGAGCUGUCGUGGCAGUUCCGCGACCGGCCGCGGACGCCCCUGGAGGAGGCGGUGUACUGGACGGAGUACGUGCUGCGGCACCGCGGCGCGCUCCACAUGCGGCCCGCCUCGCUGCGGCUCAGCUGGUACCAGUACCUGCUGCUCGACGUGCUCGCCUUCAUCGCCUGCACCUUCUGCCUCACCACCACGCUCACCUGGAUCCUCCUCAAAAACUGCCUGUGCACGCACAGUCAGAGGAAGCGCAAGAGGUCGCGGAUCGAGAGGAGGUUCAGAGCGACCUGAGUGACCUCGCACUGGGCCGACACCGUCCCCCAAAGUGCUGCCCGACCUGUGACGUCCUGUUUGUAUACCUGGCUGAAUACUAGCUCGUAGUAGGAAUCUCUUAGUCCUUGGCUUCUGGAGACUGAGAAGCAUUUUUCAUUGGGGAAUAUCUUUAAACUGCCAUUAAUGAAUUGGUAGGUAGUUGCUUACCACUAACUAUUAUAGAGCAGUUUCCGACACGUUCCACUACACAAGUUGACUGAUUACUCAGGAAAGUAUAUGGCGCAUAGAGGGACACACACAGUUCUAAGGGCAAAAUUGUUUUUGUCGUGUUACUGUGCCAAAAAAAUGGCAAAGUAGUUGAAUUUCUUGACAUGGAGAAAGGUGAAGGGAGCUUUUGAAAGUUUUCGUGUGCCUGUGAAAGCUAGAAGGAAACAUCGGCAAGACUGCACUACUUGCGCGCGCUGUAGCCGUCUCUGCGGGCGGCUCUUCGUGUUUACAGCUGAAACGUCCCGUGACAUGAAACUGCCUGCACGCACUGUAGUAUCGGAAACGUGUGGCUCGCAUUUCCUUAUCCGUCUGCUCUUCCUCAGUGUUGAAAUAAGUUAUUUCCCGAUCUUGCCAGCGCUAGCUGAUACAAAGCAGGACUUUGAUGUAUGAACAGAUACGUAAGUGUCUGUCUUUCUCUUGUUGCCGGCCGUAGUGGCCGAGUGGUUCUAGGCACUACAGUCUGGAACCGCGCGACCGCUACGGUCGCAGGUUCGAAUCCUGCCUCAGGCAUGGGUGUGUGUGAUGUCCUUAGGUUA